AUGCAAAGCCAACGAGUAAAGAGCACGACAAAUAACGUCUUUCAUUUUUUCGAAUACCGACAGCUCGAGCAGUUGGAGAGUUCGCAAUUUGACUCGAUCAUCAAUUUUGGUGAUGACAAAAUGGCAAUUAAAGUGAACCACAACAACUACAGCACAAUACGGAUUGAGACGACGAGCACAUACUUAUACAUCCCAGUUUCAUUCGAAAGUGUUUAUGGUAAAGUCGACGAGUACUGUUACCUCUCUCCUGGGCACAUUAUCACUGUCGAGAGUGUCAACAACGACCCAUUAACAAACAGACUUGUUGUUUAUCGCGACAUCGAAACUAACGGCAAAAGCGAAGUCAUAGAAGUCGGCAAUCGGAUCAACUCAAUUGCGUGUCACGACAUGCGAAUUGCUGUGAGUGUAGAAAACGUUGGGAUAUUGAUAUACAGUGUUGAGGACGAUAUAAAGCUGAUUGCAAAAAUCCACUGUAAGGCUGGUGUGAUCAAAAUACACCGGGACUUCAUCAUCAAUUACGUUGACCACAUCGUCACUGUGAUGGAUCUUAAAAUAGUGUCGCGACGAGAAUUCUUUGACAAUUUGGGUGAUGCGAUCAUUCCAAACACUCAGUUUAGGUGGAAUGCCGUUGAUCUCGACGUUGAAGUCUAUGGCGAGAAGCAUAUAACACACGCUAUCACACUCAUGCAAGAACGUGUUGUUGAACUUGAAACGAUGGUGUUCAUCCCACAAAGAGUUGAAGAAAGGGAAGAAGGUGUACGAGUGGUGUUAGGGUCCAAAUUCAAGCUCGAGGUAUACUACAUAUCAUACACAAACUGUGAUGUUAAAAUUACGAUGAUAUCGUGUGUGGACUUUGGGAAAGGCAAAGAAGAGAAACGAGGGAAGUUUGUUGCGACCCCAUGCCAUGUGCUCUGUGUUCAUGACAUUAUGGGAAUGACUGUUGUAGAUGUCUACCCACUCAGAAAGUACUUCAGCAACACAUACGAAGUUGAGAUGGGUGUGAUCAAUGAGUAUAGACAAGGCGAUGCAACAAGUGACCUCCCUUGUAUGUCACGCAUUUUUCUUCCUGGAAUCACUGACUUGGUUGUUGUGAAUCACAAAGUGAUUGUAGUAAGGAGCAUUGCGAAAGAUGAUGGUGAUAGUGCUUCAAAUGAGGUUUAUAUAUUCGAACCACUUGUUGUCCGUCUGUGCCAAGAAAUUAAAGGAGACAUGGAGCGCACAGUUUCCGACUUGAAGAGAAACAACGACACAAGAGCAAUACAGGCUGCGAUAUCAUACAAGACGUACUAUGAGCUGAGCGUCAUCUUGGAAGCUUAUUUGAGCGAUAUUAGACACUUUAUAAGAAGAAGAAAUAACAAUUGGACGGACUUGUAUUGGCGAGACGUGAUGAAUGACGAAGCCCUUGUUGUGAAAGGUACAUUGCAACAACUAUAUUCAAUUAUUGCUGAAGAACUUUUAGACUCGAAGAAUGGGCAGUUGGCGGCGUAUUACUUUUCGAAAGCAAACACCGAGUUUAGCCGAGUGGUUGACAAAUUUAUAGUGUGUGAAGUGAAGAGUUGCAUCAACUUGUACUUUGACGAAGUCUUUUUCAAUGCAAACAAAGAGAAAGGAGCUGCGUUGAUGGUCACGCAACGAGGAAAGGUAUUCAAACUUCUUGAGAACGAGCCGGAAAAAUUCAUAGAGGUUGCCAUUCAGCCUGUUUUCCUUCAAUAUGCCUCGGAACUCAAUACCAAAAACGAACUUCUUAAACAACGAGAAAAUAUCAAACAGAUUUUGUCGACCAAAAGAAAAGGAACAAAAGAACAAGAAGACAUGUACUUCUUGGAAGCGUGUUGUAUCUUUGCGCAAUAUGUUUUGAUGUUACAAGAAGAACCUGAGAAAGCAAAAGAAAUUGAUUUGUACAAAGAGUUGAACACUCGAUCAAGUAAGAUGCUUGAGUUUGAGGUAUUCAAUAAGUUCAAAUCGACGAUGUUUAAAACUAGUGGGAACCACGUUGAAAAGCAACCGAUCAUGAGUUUCAUUGAGAACACUAGACCACUCCUCUUUGUUGCUUUACUUCAGAACGAUGUGUCACUCACGGAAAAGUACGUUAAUGCGACGCCAGAAAGCGACUUAAUUGAACUUGCUGCAUAUGAAAAACUGUUCAAAGAGAAGGGGAUGUAUGGGAGAGAGUUGCUCGACGUGUAUUGUAAGUUGGUUAAAUCGAAAUUGGAAUACCCCACACACAAAGAGAUUGACAAAAAUUACAAGUUGUCGUUUGAGAGGAUACACGAGCAGACAUGCGUUGAAGUGCCGAAUUGGAUACCUGAGGAAUUGACAAAGAACUUGUACAUCAAAAAGUUGAUAUCAUUGUUGACUCAGACUGAACUCAAAUGCGACUUUGAGACUGAAAGAAAGGAACUCAUUUUUGUGAAGAAGUAUGGUUAUCGCAAAGAGAAAUGUGGGGAGUUUGUCAAGUUUUUGGACGCGAACUACAAGGGGUGUGUUGUGGGGUUUGUGAAAGAAUUUUUUGAAAAUCAGAAGGCGCUCGAACAAAUUGCUGUAGAAGCCCUUGGAUUUGACAAAAGUGUCCGUGACCAGAUAUUCGACAUUGUCUCGUCCCAUAUCAGUAUCAAAUGCUUCUGUUGUAUUGCGGCAAAAGCGCCAGAAAUAGACCUUUCUAUAUUCUUGCGGAAGUGCAUAGGAAGCUCGUUCUACAAUAAGCAUCUGAUCGAUUUAUGUGACUCUUUCCCAAAGCAGUAA